GCAACAGAAACCUCGCUCGACGAUACGAGUUGGUUUCAUCGUAUAAAUUCAAGAGGCGUCACAUGUAGAUUGGGUCGCUCACGUGACUCCGGUUUGAUGGGCCAAUAGCGUGGCAGAGUUCUUUAUUUUUUUUUCUGAUCAGAGCUAAAGGAAAAGAGGUGGGUGGGAGGAGGAGGGAGAAAUCAUUUUCCCUUUGCGAUUUUUUAAUCCUCCAACGGCGAAAGUGGUCGUCAGCUACUGUAUCCUGCCCUGCAAAAAGCUGACCGGUUAGCUGAUUCCACCACCACCUCCUCUCUCACGUGACCACGCCCCUUCCUUUCACUUCCAAUCCCGACAUGGAACCCAUCAAGGUGCAAUCAGAAGGCGGUCUAAAUGUGACUCUCACCAUCAGGCUGCUGAUGCAUGGAAAGGAGGUGGGAAGCAUAAUCGGAAAGAAAGGAGAAACUGUGAAGAAAAUGCGCGAAGAUAGUGGUGCCCGCAUCAACAUCUCGGAGGGGAAUUGUCCUGAGCGGAUAGUGACAAUCACCGGGCCGACAGACGCCAUUUUCAAGGCCUUUGCCAUGAUUGCCUACAAGUUUGAAGAGGAUAUAAUCAAUUCAAUGAGCAACAGUCCGGCCACCAGUAAGCCACCAGUAACCCUGAGGCUCGUCGUUCCUGCCAGCCAGUGUGGCUCCCUUAUCGGGAAAGGCGGUUCCAAAAUUAAAGAAAUGAGAGAGUCCACAGGAGCUCAGGUGCAGGUUGCAGGCGACAUGCUGCCCAACUCCACCGAGAGAGCAGUGACCAUCUCUGGAGCGCCGGAAGCCAUCAUCCAGUGUGUCAAACAGAUAUGUGUGGUGAUGCUGGAGUCCCCACCGAAAGGUGCCACCAUCCCUUACCGCCCAAAGCCUGCCUCCACCCCUGUCAUUUUUUCAGGUGGCCAGGCUUACACCAUCCAAGGACAGUACGCUAUCCCUCAUCCAGAUCAGUUGAGCAAGCUCCACCAGUUGGCUAUGCAGCAAACCCCCUUUACCCCCCUCGGACAGACCACCCCUGCCUUCCCCGCAGCAGGUCUGGAUGCCAGUAACCAGGCCAGUACUCAUGAACUCACCAUUCCCAAUGAUCUAAUAGGCUGCAUAAUCGGACGCCAGGGAACCAAAAUCAACGAGAUCCGUCAGAUGUCUGGGGCGCAGAUCAAAAUUGCUAAUGCCAUGGAAGGGUCAUCGGAGCGCCAGAUCACCAUCACAGGGACCCCCGCCAACAUCAGCCUGGCUCAGUACCUCAUUAAUGCAAGGUUUAGAGACGUUGCGGCCAUGUGGAAUGACCCAUCAUCCAUGACCACAUCCUGAGAUCCCUGACUGGCUCCUCCGUUUGGCCCUUUCCAACGACCGACUACUGCAGACAACCCCGAUGAAGCCCCAGGUCUCUGUCUCUGGCUCUCCGAAAAUCCUGACCACCUCACCAUCCUGUAUGACCCAACAUCAGGGAGGGUUCGGUGUUCGCUUUUAUUUCAGAGAGCUAAAUUAAGUCAAAUAAGAAAAAAAAAAGUAAACACAUGAAAAAAUACUCUCUGUUGAUUAGUUUUUUUUUAGAGAACUGUUAAAGCAUGUUGAAUGUUUAUUAGGCUAAAUCUUGUGUUUAUUUCUCUUCAUUUUCUUUUCGUCUAUUGCUUUUUCUAAAUAUAUGUCAGUGCACAAAACAAAAAAUAUUAUUAGAAAAAGACUGAACUUUUUUUGUAGAACUUAGGUAUUUGUAUAUUACAAAGCAGCUGCUCAGUGAUGCUAUCGGCAGAGUGUGUGGUGGGAUGUAGCCAAAUGAUUCAUCAUGAAUUAUAUUUUCAAAAAAAUAAUAAAAAAAAUAGGACCAUUCCUCGUCUAAUCUCUGCCCGAGACGCUUUGCUGCAUCACAUGACCCUUUAAAGCCAAUGGUAUCACUCCUCUAGCCUCCCUUCUCGUGUUAAUUUCCCCUAUUUAUGAUAUUGCAUGUCUUCAGUGUUGUUUCGUUGCGUAUUUGAGUAAAAAAAAAAGAAACCUGCUCCGUGAUUACGCUUUUUCAGAUGUUACUCUUAUAUCUUUGUGCUCCUGUUUCUUUUCCGCGAUCUUUUUCAGCAAUCUUGGCCGUUCACGUCCAGUCCUACUCCCUGUCCAGACAGAAAAUUUUUCCAACAUAGCCUCCUUUGAAAACCAAUUAAUAGUAUAUACUGUAGAUGCAUGGAUGGGAAUUAGUGAAAAUCAGUGACUUAAACACUGAUGGAAAAUUUUAAUGAUUGUUAAUUAACUUAUAAUUAUUAUGUAUUUUUUUGUACAAGGACUAAUGUGACUUAACACUUUAGUCGACUACGCGGCGAUCAUGCAAUAGACUAUUCAACACUUUACUCUGGACCGCCUCCGAUAUGUGAGGAUUAGUUGGACUUCAAAGUCAGGCGUCCGUCUAAACUUUUCGGCUUUUUUGAACAAGUACAAAUAGGCCUAAAUGUUUUGGACAAGCCUAACGGUAGUUUUGGGGCCAAAGAAUGUUCAGGGGUUCAAUGGAGGGGAACCCACAGGGCCUGGGCGGACGUGACCUCUCAGUCUCUUUUCUCACGAUUGUUCAUCUCGCCAUGUUUUGUCAUCUUCAUGCGGUUGAUUUGUCGCUUUAAUUUUUGAAUGUCUUUUCAUUGUCACAGUCAGCAACUUAUUGAUUUUUUUUAAAGGACAAGUUGGAUGACAAUUCCUGUUUUGCUGUUUAUUUUUUUGUAAAGCCAGGAUGUAUUUAUCUAUGGUGUUGUAAUGCACAUAUUUUUUGUUCUCCGAUGAUGAUACUAAGUUGUUUUUACCCUGUUGUACCUAAUAUGAGUAGGGGUUGUGGGUCAUAUUUGGUAAACUAGGUAAUUCAACUGUCAAUCGAAUAUACUACCUGCUAAAGAUGGUCUACAGAUAUUGAACAUCAUUGAUCAUAAACUUUUUGAUCGCCUGCUAAGCUCAGUUCAAUUGUGAACAAUUCUUGAAUGUUAUUGUUGAAUUACAUUAACUAUGAUCCAACAUAAAAACAUUUUGCAUUUACAGUAAACGUAUUCCUACUAUUUUUUGGAAAGACCCACUUGGUAUCUUUCAGAUA